AUGAUGGGUUCUCAGCCAGAUGCCGAAGGGUCUGAAGUUCAGCAACAGGUUGAGCAAGGCGAGGAUACUGUGCCUGCUGAAGCAGUAUCGAGUCCGACCAACGAGCCUGCACAGGCGCAGGCAACACUGGGGGAAGACCACCAGCAGACGCCCCUGCCAAAUGAGGAGGAUGCCUCGCGAUCUCCUGGUCCCGAACAAGAAUCGCCUGAAGCUAUUGUUGACGAAGCGCGUAGAAAACGUCGACAAUUUCGACCAGACGCGCCCUCGUUCAUACCUUCAGCGAGAUUCAAUCCCUCGGCGCCCUCAUUUAUACCAUCCGUCACUGCUGGUGGUUCUUCCAACCCUCCCGUCUCGUCUGCUCGCUCCUCUCGGAGAUCUCAUCCUCUUCCUGCUCGUCCUCAACCACCUCGAGCUUCUCUUUCUCCUCCCCAACCUCCUCAACAUCGCCGUCCUUCCCCUUCUUGCCCCGACUUCCCAAAUCCUCUCUCGACCCCCAUCUCUCCACCUCCGUCUUUGAACCCUCUGUUUGGAGCGCCAGCUACUUGGCAGCCAUCUGGAGACCCUCGUUCCCCGUUAACUGGGAACACUUGGGACCACUUGCUGCCUUCAUCUCUGAACUGGAGUCCUUCACGCUCUCAGACUUUUUCUGAGUCCCCCUCUUCUCAUCUCCUCAACUUCUCUGCUUCUCAUCCCGUCGAGAGGCCUUCGCCCACUCCUCUACCUGCACGCAAUCAACCCCGCCGUCGUAGGCUUAGCUUCUCCACUCUUUCUGAGUGUAGGGCACGUACGCCUCCUUCGAGAAGUCCUCUGAUCAUUUGGGAAGAUCCAGAAUCUCCAGAUCAGAUCGCCAUGUCUCACAACAGACCAUCCCACCCCGCCUAUCACCAGGGCCAGGGCCGAGGUUUUCGUCGAGGCUAUGGCCGGGCUCAUCACUACCUCCCUCCCCACGCUCCUCCUGAGCCUACUCAACACGCCCCUGCUGGGAAUCUUCACCACGGCCAUGCUGGACCUGCUCACCGUCCUCAGGCUGGGCCUACUCAUCAUGUUCCUGCUCCGCCUGCUCAGCGUGCUCCUCCUGAGCAGACUCACCGCGAACAUGCUGGACCUCGUCACCUGGUUAAUUCUGUGACGGCUGACUAUGCCCCAGCUGGACCUCUUCAGCUUCACCUGGGACCUGCUCAGUACACCCUAGCUGGACCUCCUCAGCUUGCUCCUGCUGGGCCUGGUCAACACGUUCCUGCUCCGCCUACUCAGCGUGCCCCUCCUGCACAGACUAACCACGUUCAUGCUGGGCAUGGCCAUCAUGGACCUACUGCACCUGCUCAGCGUGCUCCUCCUGUGCAGCCUCACCGCGCCUAUGCUGGACCCCCUCAGCAUGUUCAUGAUGGGCUGACUUACCGUGACCUAGCUGCCCGGUCUGCUCACCCUGCCCAGGCUCGGCCGAUUCACCAUGGACCAACUGCACCCGCUCAGCGUGCUCCUGCUGAGCAAACCAACCACGUUCAUGCUGGACCCUCUCACCCGGUUCAUUCUGUGACGACUGACUAUGCCCCAGCUGGACCUGCUCAGCGUGCUCCUCCUGGGCAGACUAAUCACGUUCAUGCUGGGCCUAUCCAUCAUGGUCCUGCUCCGCCUGUUCAGCGUGGUCCUUUGGGGCAUACUAACCACGUCCAUGCUGCGCUUGCUCACCUUGCCCAUGCUGGGCGUGUUCAUCAUGGUCCUACUGCGCCUGCUCAGCAUGCUCCUCAGGUGCCGAUUCACCAUAGCCUGGCUGGACCUGCUCACCUUGCUCCUGCUGUGCCGACUAGCCACACCCUGACUGGCCCUCCUUAUCGCGCCCCUGCUGGACCUGUUCAGCGUCCUCCUGCUGGGCCUACUCACCAAGUUCCUGCUGGGCCUUCUCACCAGGCCCCUCUUGGAGCUUUCCCCCCAGCUCCCCCUCAUCCCGGUCCUCCUGGGUUCGAUCCGACGAGGACGUCUUACCAGACCACAGUGCAAGACCCUUGCACUGGGGCUCUGGUCACGGGGGAUUACUACCCCAACCUCCACACCAUCGUCCUCCCUGGCCCUUAUGGGCACCCAGUCCAGUACCCGGCAGUAAUUGGAUAUUUUGAUCCAAUUACUGCCUCGUACCCUGCCGCAGGUUUCGGAGCUGCCCUGCCAUUUUUCCCGCUUGCCGCCAUGCCGAACAACGGCAGACGGCUGCAGGGAGACCCCUUCGCCGCCGGGCCUCGCCAGUUUGAGGCUCCGCCAGGUCAUAUCGCGCUUGGGCCAACUCUCAGCAUGCCGCGAGAGUUGGCCCAGCCCGGUACUGGCCAACGUUCUCAGGCACCCGGGGUGCCUGGAGUUCGUGCUGCUGUCGGUGUUCCCGCCGAUACUGGGAGCCGAGGGUCUCGUCCCCUCAUCCCCACGGUUCCGGAGUUCCGCCCGGAGUUGGCUCGUGGCGUGCCGGUCAACGAAGGGCAAACUGCCCGAAACACUGAGAGCACGGUCUCUCAGCGACCGCAAGGGGAGAACCCGUCGAUGGGGCCUAGUCAGCCUCAGCAAAAUCGGCUACGACCAGCGGAGUGGGUGGGCGCCGCUUCUGCACGGAGUCUUUUUGGCUCGCAAGUUCUGCCGGAGCGUCCGUUCGGCCCAUGGGUGGUGGACCCAAAUGGGCCAGCAUCGGGCUUUGCGCGACGACAGACGGCAAGUGCAGAGGAAGCUCCCAGCCGUUCUGCGACUCCAACUGAGCAGGAGUCGGGUGAUGGACUUAGUGAACCCUUCACCCCCCCGGAUCAGAUUGAGGACCCCGAGGACCCGUCCGAGAGUUCGUCCUCUCCCACGGCCAGCGGGCCACCCUCAACCCCCUGGGGCCAAUCAAGCCCUCAGCGUCACCCUCACUAUGAGGUCGCCGAGUUCCUCACUCAGAUGAGGGCUCGGGAGGAGCAGCGCUGGGCAGAACAGCACCGGGCGGAAAUGGGGCAGUCUGAGGCUCACGCCUCUCGAAUGCCGGGUUCUCAGGCUGACACACUGAGGGCCAUCAUCGAGGACCCUGCCCGGUUUGGGCUGUCUAUGGCCAAUUCCCAGGCCAAUAGACUCGAAGCCCUGGCGGGUUACGACCCUCGUGCUCAGUCUCGCCCUGGCCCUGGCCCGGCCAGCCCCAGUCCUGCCCGCGGGCAAACCCCAGCUGCCGGCCUGGCAAGUCAGCAGCUGGUUUCGGCAUUCGACCAGGUUUUCCAGAACCUGGCGAGCUACGCCGAGGGGUACUCCAAUUACCAGGGAGUACCCCAUGCUGCCAACACCGUCGGUGGGCGCAACGUGCUGGGGGGCACGUUCGACCCAUUCGAUGAUUUUGGCGGCAUUCGCCCGGCCGCACCCCUCGGCCCAGCCGUCACCUGGCGGCAGCGUAGUCCCCCUCGCUGGUUGGAGCGCCGCGAGGGCCUUGGCCUACGUGCCGACCCGGAGGAGGCUGACGCCUUCCACGAGCGCCUCGAGCGCGGGGAGGCUUCCCCUGGGGGUCCGUCUCGCGAGAGCGGCCCCCAGUAA